AUGCCUGUCUGUUACAAUGCCAAAAACGAUGCUAGUCUGCAUAAGCGACAUGUUGACGUUCCACAAGAAAGAGCUACAAUCAAUGCCACUGGAGAAACUUCAAGUCAGUAUGGAACUGUGGAAGGAGGUGUUCAAUUGAAGAGGAGAGUGGGACUCUUGAGUGGUGUUGCUUUGAUUGUAGGAAAUAUGAUUGGUUCUGGGAUAUUUAUUAGUCCAGGAUAUUUAUUGGCCAGAACUGGAUCAGUGUCUGUUGGCCUGAUCAUAUGGUUGGCUUGUGGACUGCUAUCUUUACUUGGUGGUUUGGCAUACGCAGAACUUGGAGGAGUGGUUCCCAAAAACGGAGGAGAGUUUGUUUACUUCCUAGAAAGCAUGGGAGACUUGCAUCCAGUUCUGGGGCCUCUGCCGGGUUUCUUGUUUAUCUGGGUAACUUCCCUGUUACUGAGGCCCUCUGGACAGGCCAUUCUCACCUUGACAUUUGCCAGGUACUUGUUGUACCCAAUUUGGCAUGGCUUGACAGAUGCGGAUCUGGAACACCCAGACUGUGAUGGUGUUGAUCUAUGGAGCUACAAGCUGGCAGCUGCUGCAUGCAUUGGUAUAACCCAUCCAUCAGAAUAUUUUGUGUCUCAUCAGCUGCCGGUUGGUCAAUUCAUGGUGGUGCACCCACCGGUGGUAAAGUGCCGGUUGGUCCAACCGCCAGCCAGGGCAGUUCUUGGCCUUGCCAAUCCCCAGCCCACCAAACUGAGGUGCCCCAACAAUUGGGUGACCGGACCGCAGUUUGGUGGACUGGGGAUUGGCAAGGCCGAAGACUGCCCUGGCUGGUGGUUAGACCAACCAGCGCUUGACAACCGGCGGAUGAGCAACCUUGAUUUGGAUGGCUGA